AUGCCUCGACCAGAGACGUUGUCCCCGUCCUCCGUCUGGGCGCUGUUCAACUUCAGUAGCCUCUAUCUCAUCGGUUACGCAUGGCUCCUUGGCAUGUCUAUUUGGGUUACGUUCUUUGCGGGGCAAAUUGCCUUUAGAGCCUUGCCCAGACACCAGUUCGGUGCACUUCAACACCGUGUUUUCCCGGUCUACUUCAGUCAGAGCAUCAUCGGGGCCGCCGGGCUCCUAGUCCUCUGGGUCCGCGCCCACCCCGACGUAUCAGCCCACAUUUUCAGCCCCGCUGUCGCGGAUGUAGCGCAGGCCUACGUUCUAGUGUCUGUUCUCGUAAUGCAGGCGGCCAAUUACUUCGUGGUGGGACCUCUGACGAGCAAAGUGUUGUUUGAAAGACACAAGCUGGAGAAAUCCGAGGGCAAAUCCUAUAACGAGCAGGGGGUGUCCACCGACAUGAAGACGCUAAAUAGGCGUUUCGGCAUGGCUCACGGAAUUAGUUCACUCUGCAACCUGUUGGCUGUUAUUUCGCUGAUCUUCCAUGGCCUUUGGAUUGCCAACGCCAGUACUGGUUUAUAA